UUGCUGAGGUGUCAAAUAAGUGUCAAAAAACUUAAAAGUUGGAAAGUUUUUGCAGUCGUGUUUUUUCCAUUUUGAUGUAUUGAAAUAAAUUGGAAAUCCUUUAGAAUUGUAAAAAAUGUCCAAGGAUCCAAAUCAGAAAGAAGCCAUUAUAAAGGCUGCGUAUGCGGAUGUAAAUAAAUUUGGGCAAAAUGGCGAAUACGAUAAAGCAGUAAAGGCUGUAAAUAGAAUUUUGGGUGUUGCACCAGACGAUCAAACAGCUUUGCAUUGCAAGGUGGUUUGCCUCAUUCAAUUAUCCAAAUUCGAAGAGGCUUAUAAAUUCAUAGAAAAAAACAAAUUGUCCUCGAGUUUGGUAUUGGAAAAGGCCUACAGUGAGUACCGAUUGAAUAAGCCCGAUCAAGCCUUGAAAACUAUCGACAAUUCUGGUAUUAAUCCACUGCCUGACGGCCUAAAAGAGCUGCGCACACAAGUGCUUUAUCGUCUCGAGCGUUAUGAGGAGUGCUUUGAUGCAUAUAAGGAGAUAAUCAAAAACACUAAUGAUGAAUACGAAAACGAACGACGUACUAACCUUAGUGCUGUAGCUGCUAACUUGGCUGUAGACAAGAACAAGGAAAUACCCGAGCUACCCGAAGAGACAUAUGAGCAAUAUUACAAUGCUGCUUGUAUUGCGGCUAAUCGCCAAAGGUAUGCUGAAGCUGAGAAGAAAUUGCGCGCCAGUGAAAAGCUAUGCCGUGAAACUCUAGAGGAGGAUGGUGUUACUGAAGAGGAGAUGCGCGAAGAAUUGGAACCAAUACGUGUGCAAUUAGGAUAUUGUUUGCACAUGCAAGGCAAGUUGAAAGAAGCGGCAGUUAUAUACGCUGAGUGCUUACGAAACAAACCGAAGGACCCAGUUUUAGUGGCUGUAGCCAGCAAUAAUUCGGUGGUCAUUAAUAAGGAUCAGAAUGUAUUUGAUUCGAAAAAGAAAAUACGCUCAGCCAUGUCUGACGCAUGCGAAUCGAAAUUGACUAGCCGUCAAAAGAAAGCAAUUGCAUUAAAUAACUGUUUGCUUGCAUUCCUCACUAACUCUAGUGAUCAAGUGCAGCAACUGUGUCAAAAGUUGGCCCAAAGUUAUCCGGAUUUAGAAUUCCAAACAUUACUUAUACAAUGCUCGCAACUCACCAAGGACAAGCGCCAAAAGGAGGCCUUAGAGUUGCUUAAUAAACAUGCAGCAACACAUAAAGAAAAUGCUUUCGCAUCUAAAUUUGCGGUGGUCCAGUUAUUGCUUUCUCAAGGUAGUCGCAAGGAGGCCAUCGAUGUAUUACUUUCACUUGGCGAGCAAAUGUACAAGCCUGGUAUAAUAUCAGCACUGGUAACACUCUAUUUGGGUACCGAUAAUAAACCCGCCGCAUCUGAAUUGCUGAAAUCUGCUGUUGAAUGGUAUAAAAUGAACAACGUUAGCAGUGGCGAUUUGAGCGAUAUGUGGCGUCAAGCCGCCGAGUUUCAUUUGCGUGGCGGUGCUUCUGAGACUGCUGCCAGCUCACUCGAAGAAUUACUCAAGUUGAAUGCUAAUGAUAUGAAAGUAUUGGCUCAACUUGUUAUUGCAUAUGCACAAUUCAAUCCUAAGCGUGCCUUAGAAUUAAGUAAACGUCUACCGAAACUCGAAACAUUGACUACAGCCUCUGAAAUCGAUGCAUUAGAGUCGGCUAAUUGGGUUAUGUCUACGAAAGCAGUUAAAAAAUCCGCAAACGCAAAAAUCGAGCCGUCGCCAAGUACUCCGGUUGUGGAGAAAAAGAAGAAUCGCAAUAGGAAACGUAAAGGAAAACUGCCCAAGAAUUACAACGCAGAAGUGGCACCAGAUCCAGAGCGCUGGUUGCCCAAGUACGAACGUACUGGCUUCCGCAAGAAGCGUGAUCGUCGUGCCAAGGACAUCAUUAAGGGUUCACAGGGUAUGGCUAGUGGUGCAGCUGAGCAAUAUGAUAUGUCUAAUCGUGCCAAUCUGGGUAAGAAUUCUCCUGCUACACCAGUUUAUCAGGAGCCAACACCAGGGCCACGCCAACAGCAUCGCAAAGGUGGUCACAAAAAGAAGAAGGGCGGUCGUUUCUAAAAACAUUUGCUAAGUUGACGAGAAACUUGCUUUUAACAAUUUUUUGAAAUGUACGCUAUUUAAUUGGAAUAAAAUGCAUUUGGGUUUAAAAUAGA